AUGGCGACCUCCGGGAGAGAUCCCCAGCGGCCGAUGCCUUCCUCUCUCCAGGGAGGCUUAGGCAGUUCACGAGCUGGAGCCCAGUCGGUACUGUUGCGUUCAGAGAGAGAUCGUCAGUCUGGCCCGUCUUUUUUUCCCAUGGGGCAGAGACCGAAAGAUAAUUUUCUCAGAGCCUCCUCCUACCUGCUCCAGCAUUUCGGUCGCCGCUAUCAGGAGUGGGACGCAGACGGAGACAACGAGAUCGAGGGCGAGGGAGAGACCGAAGCGGAAUCCGAGGAGUCCUCAGAAUCCGAAAUGCCGAAUUUGGAGGAGGAAAUUGAUGGGGUCCUGAGAGAGGAUGUCGUGGCUGGGGCACUUCACCAAUUGGGGCGCUCAGGCUCUGGGACCGAGCAGGUCUACCUCAAUCUAACUUUAUCAGGAUAUGAUUUAAUUGACGUUAGCAUUCUCUGUGGAUAUGUUCACCUACAGAAGUUGGAUCUUUCAGUAAAUAAAAUUGAAGAUUUGUCUUGUGUGAGUUGUAUGCCUUAUCUUCUAGAACUUAAUGCUUCUCAAAAUAAACUGACUACAUUCUUCAAUUUCAAGCCACCCAAAAAUCUCAAGAAGGUGGAUUUUUCCCGCAACCAAAUAUCUGAAAUGUGUGAUUUGUCGGCAUACCAGGCUCUCUCUAAACUAAUUUUGGACAGCAAUGAGAUAGAAGAAAUCAGUGGACUCGAGCUGUGCAACAAUCUAACUCACCUUAGUUUGGCCCAAAACAAAAUCACAACAAUUACUGGCUUAGGCGUGUUACCAAUCAAAAUACUUUGUCUGAGCAAUAACCAGAUUAAGAAGAUCACAGGAUUGGAGGAACUGAAAGCCCUGCAGAUCGUGGAUCUGUCCUGCAAUCAGAUCAGUAGCCUCCAAGGCUUAGAGAAUCAUGACUUCUUGGAGGUGAUCAACCUGGAGGAUAAUAAGAUUGCUGAGCUGGGUGAAAUAGAAUAUAUUGAAAAUCUACCCCUCCUUCGAGUUCUCAGUCUUCUAGGGAAUCCAAUUCAGGAAAAAUCUGAAUAUUGGUACUUCGUAAUUUUUAUGCUGCUACGAUUAACAGAAUUAGAUCAGAAGAAGAUUAAAGUGGAAGAAAAGGUUUCAGCAGUGAAUAAAUAUGACCCUCCCCCAGAAGUGGUGGCAGCCCAGGAUCACCUGACCCAUGUUGUCAACAGCGUGAUGCAGCCACAGAGGAUCUUUGACAGCACUCUUCCCAGUCUGGAUGCCCCUUACCCCAUGUUGAUAUUAGUCGGUCCUCAGGCUUGUGGGAAACGAGAACUCGCUCACCGCCUCUGCAGAGAGUUUAACACUUACUUCAGAUACGGGGCCUGUCACACCACAAGACCGCCUUACUUUGGAGAAGGGGAUCGAGUUGAUUAUCAUUUUAUUUCUCAAGAAGUUUUCGAUGAAAUGCUAAACAUGGGGAAAUUCAUUCUAACAUUUAAUUAUGGUAAUCACAAUUAUGGAUUAAAUAGGGACACCGUAGAAGGUAUCGCAAGAGAUGGUUUAGCGAGCUGUAUUCAUAUGGAAAUAGAAGGUGUAAGAAGUUUGAAAUGUUCCUAUUUUGAGCCUCGCUAUAUCCUGGUGGUACCCAUGGACAAGAAAAAUUAUGAGGGAUACUUGCGGAGGAAAGGAUUAUUUAGUCGUGUAGAGAUUGAAUUUGCUGUCUCCAGGGUGGAACUUUAUGUUAAAAUUAAUCAGAAAUUUCCAGGAUAUUUUGAUGCGGUAAUCAAUGCAGAUGAUCUGGAUGUUGCCUACCAAAAACUGAGUCAGCUCGUUAGAGAAUACCUCGGACUGUCUGAGGAAACUGCCAAGGGUCUGGCUCCAACUGCAGGAGCUCCCUCUAGCAAGAAGACUCCCUCUGGGGUUCCAGCACACCUGGUUCCAUCCCCGAGGCGCUUGGCAAAACUGCAAGCAGAUGGCCAGAUAACAGAGCAUCUCUCUGGAAUGCAGAUUCAUGCAAAGAUCCCUGAAAACCAGAACCUAGCUCCCUCCCAGAAUCAAGAGCUGACUCAGGAGGGAGCAACCCAUCAAAAGGAGCUUUCUCCCAAUAGCCAUGUCACUGCUGAGCCUCCUCCCCAGCCCAGUUCAUCAGCACUUGGUAUUCCCCAGCAGGCCCAAGACUUAUCCCCAAACCAGAAAGAAGGGGAUGUUCAACAAUCAGAUCUUCCUUCAAAAAUAUUAGCCACAAAUCUCCCUGAAAAUGAGGCCCGGACAUCUGAGGUGAAAGCAGGUGAAGUAGGGCAGCCUCCCGCCACUCCUUCCCAAGGGCCUCCUCAGCACCCUGAUGCCCCUCCAGCCCACAGCCCUCAGCCGGACCAGGAUGAGGAAUCGGGGGAGGCCAAGGUAACCCCUAGGGACCCUCCCCUAUCUGAACCUCCACAGGGGCCUGGCCCAGCAUCCCUCAGCCCCCAGAGAACCCAGGGUGAGGAAACUGAGCCAGCCAAUCUGCCACCCUACAGUUCCCAUCAUGAUCCUCCAAGAGAUCCUUCUCACCCUGAUGGGGCCAAGGCCCUCGGACCAUCUCUGGGAGAGUCUCAACAACCUCUGGAGGAGGGAACCUCCAAAGCAGAAGUUGUCCGGGUCAGCACUCCUUACCCAGAAUUGCCACAACCCCAAGACUCAACAAAUACCAAACAGACCCAAGACAAGGAAGACGCAGUGGCUUUGCUUCCCAGAAGCCGGCUGGCUCCCACCAGGCUGCCCCAGCCUCGCGUCCUCGCUCCCCUCCAGAGUAGGAGGCCUACACCCAAACUCCUCUCCCCCAGCAGGGAGGAGGCUCUAGGAACGGCCUCGGGUCAAAUCAUGACUCCCUCUCCCAGGCCUCCGCCAGCUCAGGACGGAGAUCCCAGUAGACUUCCUCCCAUCAGCCCUCCCCAGUCCAAACCACCACAGAAUCUGAGUUCCCGUCCAGACCACAGUCCUCAGCAAGUCCAGGAGGAGAAAGUCAGGGAGGUGAAGCUCCCUCAAAUCAGUCCACCCGUCCAGGAGCAGGCACCGCAGCCCGCCGCCGCUCCACCCCAGGAAGAGGAGGCCCAGGUAGUCAGGCUCCCUCGCAUUCCCACUCCCUUUGCAAAGCAGCAGCUGCCUCAGAACAUGGCAGCUCAUGAUGAUUCGAGGCCUGCAAAGGAAAGGCAAGCUCCAGAAGCAGACCUCUCCUCUAGCAAGAAGAUUCCAGAUAUGCAGCCCUCACCCCAAAACCAAGAGCCAGUGCAGCAGGUGGGGGCUAAAAAAAAAAAACUCCCUUCUCAAAGAGAGACAGCUAAAGGACCACCACAUCUGAAAAAGGCACCUCCUGGAAGUCAUCAGACAGCCUGGCGACUGGAAGCCCAGAGUAAGCUGACCACCCCACAAGUACCUGACCACCCUAACCCCAGCCCUCCUCAGAGCCCUGGGGGGAACCAGAGGAGAAAAGUCCAUACACCAGAAGUUCGUGAACCACCCCACACUGAAUCAUUGCCUGAAGAUCCCCAAGUACAGGAAGAGAAAAGGGAAAAAGUACAUUAUUCCAGGAAAAAGGCCCAUGCCAAGCUCCCCUCAAAUGACCUGGCUCAAAAGGUAGCUGUGUCCAGAAAAGGACCAUCUGUGAAAAGAGAGAAUUCUGGAGGAUUAUCUCAAGAAAAUAAAACUGCCCUCAGUGGUGAUCAACCAACUCAAGAGGGUCCACCCCAGCACAGGAGGCCUCUCCAGAGGGCAAAGGCCUCAGCAGAGUCAGGAGUGGAUGGUUCUGCUCUCGGGGAGCGUCCAAGGAGAAGAGAACAGGUUCCCAAACGGGGAAGGUCUCAGAAGAGAGAGACUGCUUUGGAUCCCCCAGAGCGGGAUGGUGUGGCCCCCACCCAGCAGCCUGUCAAAGAGACGCAAGUCCAUAAAGGGACCAGUCAAAUCAGAGAGAGCUCUGUCCAAAGGGACAAUGCUUCCAGGCAGCAAACCGAAGAGAAAUACACCCCGAAACACGGGGGAGUACCACAGGAGAAAAGUCCUGCCACACCUCAGAAUCAAGUGUCUGCUGAGGAGCAGAACAGUCGGACAGGAAGACUGCGGGCUAGGGGCAGUCAGAGCACCAAGGUUUAAGCCAUCCCUGGGGUCCCCAGGUCAUUAACGUCUAUGCCUCCCUGAAGCCGUGCUGUCACAGAAUGGAAAGCUAUGGCCAGGGCACUAUGAGUCUAUACAUCAGUUUCCCUCUGCAACUCCAAGUCCGCGCAGGUGGAGGGGUCUGCCAGCGCUGUCCAGCCACCGUUCUUAGAAGGCCGCCAGUCUUUGCACUUCUCUGCCUCCUUUGUGUCUUGCCGUUGCAGCCUGGAAGAACAGCCCCUGUAGUGAGAUGCAUCAGAAAGUAAUUUCCCCUCUGCCAACUGAUAGAGCCAGUCUUAAAGGUUGGCAUCAGCAAGAAGUCUUUGUCUUCAAAUUCGCACAGAUUCCACCAUGAGUUCCAAAUCUGGCUGAAGCAACGCUAUUGAGUUUUGUUCUAUUCAUUAGGAAAAUUCACUUCUAGAUUGGAAAAUUCUCUCAUUAUCUUGCAUUAUCGAGGGGUCCAUAAGCUAAAAGAAUCCUGAGAAAGGAAGCCUUUGCAGUUUCUGGGGCUUGGUCUCUCCCACAGAGAUUCCAAACCCACAGUUAAUUUGUGAGAACCUUCUGAAGGGAAGAGGACAGGUUCUUUGUUCGUGUGACACUGAUCGAACACUUCAGAUUCGCGAUGGUGUAUGUUGCCUGAAACUUACUUUUGUUUUAAAUAUAUGUCAAAAUGAAUACCUUCCUUCUCUCUGAAUAGGAACCUCAUGUAAAUUAGCCCAUGCCUUCAUUAUGCCAAACCAUCUGGUUGAAUUUGCUAAACGAAUUAGUUGGGGGGAACAUUCAGGUGAAUCAGUUUUUCAUUUAUCUAUUUGUACUGUCAGGAUUCUUUUGCUGACAAGUGACAGGAGUCCAACCUGAGCCAGCUUGUGUGAAUCUAUUCGGAGGAAGUGAAAUAUCUCACACAGCUAAACUAUGGGGAGGGCAGAGGUGAGGCAGAGCCUCCGAGAGAUUGGGGACCAGUUAUUGAACAUAACCUGGACUCUCUUCAUCUCCAGUAUUCUCGUCAUCUCCCGGACUGUCGUCAUCUCCUGGAUACUUGUCAUCUCCAGGACUCUCAUCAUUUCUCAUCUCUGUUUCUUUCUCCAUGUUGGCUUCGUUCUCUUUGAUAGAAAUGACUAUGUAUCAGUUUCUGUACAUGUGGCAGGGAACAUGGUCACCAACUCCUCUCGAGUUUUACAUCUGGCUUUACAUCUGGCAGCUCUCACCACUAGAAAGGGGUUGACUCGGAUGUUCCUUGAUCCUAAGAUAAAAAAAUUCAGGGGAAGACCCUGCUUGGCCUGGCUUGGGUCAGAUGCUCAUUCUUAAACCAGUCUUCUCUGGCCGGGGGCCAGGGUCACAUAGACAUACCCACUGGGCCUACUCCUAGAGUGUAUGGAGGCUGCAUACCCAGAAAAGAGAAUAAUUGUGAGCAAAGUAGCCAAUCCAAGAUUCGACUCUUAAAAAGUUAUAUUUAUUGAGUGCAUCUGUGUAAACAGCAGCAUGCUAAGCUAUAUUUGGCAUCCUGUACUUAAAAACUUGAUGGCCAAAUGCCAAUAUAAAUAUGUUUUAUCAUACAUGAAAGGUAUGUGUCCACAAAAUUGUUUGUAUGUCAAAUGUUAUUUCGCGUGUCGUAGAGGAAAUUGAUAUUUUAAAGAGUCAGUAUGCAGGAAUCCUCUUGUAAAUGAAGAGACUAUGUUAUACUAAUAAUUACCUGCUAAUUUAUCUGUUUUGUCUAAGAUGAAAGUAGUAAAGUGAAUUUUUAACAUAUCAUAAUUUAUUUUUAUUUAGUUAGUUUGUCAUCCAACAAACAUUAAUUGAGCACUUCCUAUGUGCCAGACUUUGAUAGUUGCCAGACAGUAAGAUGAUGAGGAUGCUUCAAGGGAGACAGAUGAGAGGUGUCAUUACAACACCAUGUGAUUAGGACAAAUGGAGGCCCCACAGAAUGCUAGGCUAUGUUUAGCAUCAAAUAGAUAAGAAAACCCGUUUGUUAAC